AUGGAAUCUGACACACAUUCUACUUCGCACGUAGAUAAUCAAUCAUAUUCCGAUGACGCUGUUGGGAAUACAGAUGUAAAUAAACCAGAAUGCCCUAUAGAACUUAAACCAUUUGUUGGUCGUAGCUUCCCCACAUUGGACAACGCAAUUGAAUUUUACGAGAACUAUGGUCGAAGUGUUGGAUUUGAUACAAGGAAGAACAGUUCAAAAAAGGUUGAUAAUAUCACCAUAUGGUUUUACAUGGUGUGUAACAGAGAAGGUGAACAGAAAUUUAGCGAUCAACAACCCAAACGACGACGUAAAUCGAAAAAAUGUGGAUGUAAUGCUUGUGUUGCAUUCAAAUUCGAUUCUGACCGUGGUUACGUCAUUCAACAUUUGAACGAAGAACACAACCACCCCAUGGUUGAUAUACAACACCAGAAGUUCAUGAGAUUAAAUCGUCAACUUGAACUAGUUCACCAAAAAUUUAUUUCGGAUUGUGUUGAUGCUAAUAUCGGUCCAUCUCUCACUUUCAAGCUAUUGACUGAAUUGAUGGGCGGAUAUGAGUCUGUUAGGUGUACUGUGUUGGACAUUCGUAACUACACACGGGACAUCAGAAGAUACGCUGAAGGAUAUGACGCCCAAAUGAUAAUAGGCGAGAUGAAGAAUAAGAAGGAAAAUUGUGACGCCUUCAUGUACGAGUAUGAAGUUGAUUCUCGUAGUCGACUGAUGCAUUUAUUCUGGUGUGAUCCUAUUGCUAAGAUGAAUUUCAUGCAAUUUGGUGACAUUAUCUCGUUUGACACUACGUACUCAACUAAUAGGUAA